UACGUGAAACUAAAGAUAGAACUGCAGAAAGGAGAACCCGAGACCGGGAAGAACGAUAACUCAUUCAGCACAACAAUUGCUCAAACAUGGCGUCCGAGAGCAUUGGCCUCGAUGAUAUCAUUGCUACGAUGCUGUCGAUGGGAUUUGAAUUUCAAGACUGUCAAGAGGCAGUAACAAAUGGCAAACUCACUGUGCAAGCAGCAAUUGAUUGGAUCUUGGCUGGGAAACCUGGAAAUGUCAAUGCGAGACCAGCCCCGUCACUGAAUUUGACUCAAGGUCGGAACACAGGCCUCCCGUUGAGCAACCAGAGUAACCCAUUUGUCCCAGGAAACACUGAUACUUUUGUAGGCUCGUCAGAAGUGAGCCAGUCGUCCUCCUCUUUUGCUAUGGGUCUUGAUCAGGAAGAUGACCCUAUAGUCAGCAGAUCUCAUCUUUCUGAAAAGCAGCAGCAGAUUAAGCAGGACUUUGAAGAGAAAGAGAGACAGGAAGCCCGAAGAAAAGUAGCUGAGGAAAAGCUAAAAAAGAAAAAGGAACGGGAGAGAAUUCUGAAAGAGAUUCAAGAGGACAGAGAGAAACAAAAGGUAACAAAAUCUCAAGCUGGGGGAGCUCUCAGUGGUGCCACUGCAGGGCCUACUGAACAGCCAAAGGAUGAAUUGGCAGCUAAACAGGGGACAGAGAAUGUAUCUGAUACAGCCAAUAUACAGGUCAGGCUUCCUUCUGGUCAGAUGUUCCGACAGACUUAUCCAGCCUCUACCUCCCUGAACACUGUGUGGGAUAGUGUCUACAGCAAAAUCAAGACUGCAAUGAAUGCUUAUUCAGGUUUUAUUCAGCCUUUCCCCAGACGGGAAUUUUCUAAACCUGAAAUGGGCCAGAGUCUGAAGGAAUUGGGUUUGGUUCCGUCUGGUUCUUUAGUGUUGAAGAAGAGGGAUGUGAAUCAAGCAUCACCGGAAGAAGUGGCUCAGCCUCCUGCUGUGAUGAUGGCUUUGGAUCAAGCAGAACGAGAGCAGCAGGAGGCAGAUGAUGAAGCAAUGGAGGUGGAGGACGAUGGCCAUAAUUGGGGGCGUGGAAAUCGUGUUGAGGGAGGAGAGGAGGUGGUUGGGGAGGACAUGGUUGAACAACAUGGAGCUGGUGGAUACAAUCCUUUUGAACACAUACCAGGUUUGGGGGAUAAUCCUAUUUUGGGAAAUCACCUCAUGGGAGGACCAGGACAUAAUCCAGGUGGUGCGUUUGAAGGAUUCGGAAAUCGUUUGGUUCCUGAAGGUGUUCCUGGCGAUCAUGGCAACCACCUUAACAGAAGGGCCUCUGAAAUGGCAGCUGAGGCCGCUGCCCAAAGAUUUGCCCUCCCUCGUGCCCCAGCAGAAGAGUCUAGUUCUCAUUCAGAGCUGGUCUACAAUGUAUCAACCUUGCAAAAUUCUGCCAUGAAUCUCCUUGCUCAUCGACUAACAGACCCACGCCAACCAAUCUUUUCUGUAUCUGGACUUCCUGAGCAUUUACUGCAAGCUUUUCUGGCUUACUUGAAGAAAGAGAGACUUCUUAAACCAAAAAUUAUGCAUCUCAUUCCUAGUUACUUGUUGAAGUUGGACUUGGAUUACUACCCGUACACAACCAAUGAGCUGCUUCAUACAGCUAGGAUAUUUGUUCAUUUGCACAUCCUGAGUCUCAAUUCCUGCUCACUGAUCACAGAUACGGGGCUUAAUUGCAUCAAAGGGAUGAAGGCUCUCAAGGUAUUGAACUUGUGCUCGUGCAGCCAAAUCACAGAUGCCUGUUUUGCUAUUGUGAAAAAUCUGGGGUCCUUGCAAACUUUAAGUCUUGAUGGCACAAGAGUCACUAACGCUGGUGUCAUACAAUUCUCACAGUCAGCACAAAAUCUCCACUUGUUACAUCUGGAUCUCAGCAGGACAAAUGUCACACAUGACAUUUUUACCUCUCUCCAAAAUUUUAAAAUGCUCAAGUCUCUCAUUUUGAAGCAAAGCAAGAUAUCAAGCUUGUCUGGAGUAGAAGGCAUUGUCAGUCUGGAGAAUUUGGAUGUGUCCGAGACACAGAUUGUGACAGAUUCUAUUUUAUGCAUCACCCGUCACCCUCGUCUGUGUAACAUUAGCUUAGCAGGGACCUUGGAUGUGCACGGAGACAGAGCUCUCAAUUAUUUGAAAGACAUGAAGCUGACUUCACUUCUCCUGCCCUCCCGAAGCUCAACUUCCAAUAUUGGCUUGUCUUAUAUUUCAGGAUUUCACCUUAGCACCCUUGACUUGACAAAUUACACUAACAUCAGCAAUGAGGGAAUGGUGCAUGUUGGUAAGAUAAUCAGCCUGAAAAAAUUACUUCUCACCAAUACCAAAGUGUCAGAUGAAGGAGUACUACAUUUGAAAGAUCUUGUACAUUUGGAGGUAUUGUUUCUGGACCGUACUCUGGUCACAGGUGCUGGGGCAAGUGUUGUGGCCAAUUUCAAGAAUUUGACUGAACUCAGUUUGUCUGGUACAAGUGUGACAGGUGACUUUCUGAAGCAAGGAAUUCUGAACAAAUGUUUAAACCUUACCAAGUUGAAUUUAAGCAGAACUAUCAUUGGUGACAAAGGAAUAGCAGAACUCAAGGUGCCAUACCUUCAGCUCUUGAACUUAGACUGCACUCGUGUUCAUCCGUACGCACUCAGUGUGAUCCAGACCAACUGCCCCAACGCCAAGUCCAUCACUCUCUCAAACCUCUCUUCAGUUGAUGAACAGGAAGAGAAUAUGUAGAUAAAUCCAAUGGGUAGACUUGGCUGUACUGUGAUACAUUAAGACAGCAUCAAUUGUUAUAUCACAGAUCUACACAACAGUUAUCACCUCAAAGGUUCCAGUUUUCAAGAAUUAUCAAAAUGGAGGAUGUAAAGUGAAUAUGGUCUCAGUCUCAUCUGGAUUACAAAGAGCUACUUGGGGUACCACUUUAACGAGGGCAAAAUUAUUUUCUGCUAUUCUUCUUUCCUCCCUUCUCCACGUUCUCCCAUAAAGUCUCUAACAUUCCAGCAUUGAGGUAGUUGACCUGUGGGCAUUAUUAAGGCAUUUGUCAGAGUAAAAAGUUACACCACUGUGCCAAGUGAAUUUCAGAGCUUCACAUUGGGUAAGGCAAUUGGGGCACAGCAAUGUGGGGUCACAGUAUUUAGUGAAGUGGAAACUUUUGUGAAUCUGAGAGACGUUGGUUCAGCAGUGCAGAGGCUCUCAUGUUUUUCUCUCUCUAUAGAAAAUUUUGAUCAGUCAAAAGCAGAAUCUAAGGAGAUACUUUUUAGGGGGGUAAAAGCUUAAUGUGAUUUCAAGUGAACAGGUUUUAGGAAUUUGGGGUCUUAAGUGGAGACUACCGUAUUCUUUUUAAUUUAAGAUUAAUAUUGACAAAUUUUUAUAUGAUUUUCUUCCCAUGACAAUGAUUGCUGAUCAAUGAUCCAGGAUGAUGCAUAAUUGCCUCUAUUAUUUUAGUCAAUUUUUGCCUCAGGGAAAUGCUGUUUAAAAUGAAGUGCCACUGUUGAAUGGCAUUGUAACAACCACCCAUGUGUCCUUUAAUUUAAAGUUUUGAUUAUGUGUUAGAUAAAUACUUUUUACAAGAUUCUGCAAGUACUUUUUGAGUACUGUGGUACUUGUAUUUUGUAAAAUAAUGUUAGAGUAGGGGGAAAACUUCUUACUUUCUGCGUAUUGAGUAAAGUUCAUCUCUUUUUUCUCCUCCGUUCCCUUCCCUUUUAGAGCUGCUUUAAAUUCAAAGCCCUUAUAUGUGUGGAUAAGUGCUUCCUAGAACUUCUGAAUGAUCUGUCAGGGUGGCCUGCAUUAAUAGUUUCUGGUGAAAGUUUUUAAAAUUAGAAAUAUUAGUUAAAUCAAAGGUUUUCUUUCAUUUAAAGGUUUGUUGAAAAUGCAAGUGAGACGAAGACAUUUAUAGCAGUUAGGCCUAUAGUAAAAAGAUGUGUUUAAUUAUGCGUGAAGAAAUGAACCAGGUAUUGAAAUUGUAGUUGUAGUUUACAGGACAGAUUGCUACAAACGUGUCAUUAUUAUUGUUCUUUUCUUCAAAAAGGAAGAUUAAUGAAGUAUAUAUCUUUAAAUCUUGCUUUGGUUGAACUGAAGUUAUGCUCUCUAUGGUGAAUUACAGUCAAACCCCGUGAUACGGCCUACCUAUGAACAAGCAUGAAGUCCGUGGUACAUCAGGGCUGGUGGUAUAACAGGAUAGCACCGAUUGCCAACUUGAUUCGUGGCAGACUGGUAGAGACCAGAGACAAACUAACUGUGAGUCGAUCUGGCUCCUGAGAUUGCAAUUCGCAGGGAAAAAACGAGUAGCAACUAGUUACAUGUGCAGCUUCAGUUGACCUUUACCCUUUACGUUAAUUCAGAUCUGCCAGAUCAUAAGCUAAUCUAUAUAUUUUAACUCAUUCGCUACGUAUUAUUUUCGGCUUGUGGACGAAUUCUUUUCGGGAGGGCGAAAUGAGAUGAUGACUAGUGCGCAGUUCACAGGUCUUGGGGGCCAUAAAUUCAAAUAAAUAUCAAC